AUGAACGGCAUCUACCGGAUUUUGGACGAGGCCACUGCUGCUGUGAACGAAUACACGAACACACAGCCCCUCCCACUUCAUCCCCACCACCAGUACCCCCACCCACCCCUCCCACACCACCACCAGCACCACCCGCAUCAUCAGUACCAGCAGGAGGCCCAGUGGAAGGCGACGCAGCUCAAGGAGAAGCUACAAGACACCAAACACAGACAGGAGACGCAUCAUGGCGUAGAGGAAGGCAGCGAGGGACACAAGGAGGCGCUCCAUGAUUCAUCCUUCGUUCCAUCACGUCCCAUCCCAGAUCCGUUCUUCCUGAUGGAGGCGCCACAGCUGGGCACCCCUACCUCCUCCCCCGCGAAGUCUACAGUGAGUGAGAGCGCGGAGAAGCACAAGAAGGAGGACUACGCGGUUCAGGUGACGAGUAAAUUUGGUAUCGACGUUGAAGAAGGCCAGGGAGGAGGCGACAAGGGCACGGUCAGGUACAAGGGUACUGUAGAGGAUGUCAGCCCAAUGAGGGAGUUUGCUAGGGAGACUGUAGAGGACGUGGAGCCAUUGGAGAAGCAGGGAACUGAAGAAGGCGCUGAAGGCACGGAGGAAAGUGAGAUUGGAGUGACGGAAGGUGACGUGAAUGUGACAGAUAGUGACCAGGAUGUGUAUGGUGACGCUGCCUCUCUAGCUUCACACUCCAUGUCCUCACUCCCCUCACCAUCAUCCUCCUACACCUUUUCCACCGCCCACACGCCCAUCAAACACGACGCCUUCCAGGGACUCAAUCUUGACAUGCUCACCAACCGAGUCUUCCAGCUGCUGACGCCCCCACCACAUUCACAACCAGAGGACCGCCUUAACCCGCAGUACACGCCCUUCCCCAUCACCACCAACCCCCCUCGCACCACGUCCCCGCCCACCACCGUCAAGUCACUCCCCAGUAUGGAGUUCUCCCCAAUACCUGAGGCGGAUUUCGAGGACGCCUUCUCCCCAGCUGUUCUCACCGAGGCUUCUGAAGGGGAGAAUGCAAUAGUGGAGGCUGUCAGUCCCCCCAGGGUGAUCGGGGGCACACCUGUCUUCUCCGGCGGUGACACCUCCAUUAGAAGGGUCUCCGCGGCGCCCCUCAGGAUAGCGGAUGAUGGCCUCUAUGGUGCCCAUUCCCAGACCACGACGGAGACGAUGAUGGAGGAGGAAGGUGGUGGUGGUGGUGGUGCAGAAGGACAUGGUACGGACUUCACGGCGCAUAAACAGGUAUGGUCCUUCCCUCAAUCACGCGAGGAGACCCCAUGGAUACCGGCCACACGCACACACAAGAAGCAGGAGACACUGAAGGAGGAGGAGCCGCAGAAGCAGGAAGACGAGGAGGAUGCAGCUUUGCCAACACCCAGAGUCAAUUUCUCCCCUCGCAAGUACACAGCCUUCAACUCAGCCAGUGACAUCCCAGGCCUCAGCCCCCUCACCUUCUCCCGCAGGCUGACACUGGAAGGAAAGGACUGGCCUGCGACAAGGAUGAAGGACGCCGUGAAGGAUACCCCAGCUGCCCACCAUCCAAUAGGACCCGAGUAUUAUCAGUACCUCAAGAGCCUUCCACCGAAUAUUUUAAUGAGCUUCCUUCAACCGCGAGCAAUGAGGACAAGGCGGGCGGCUCCGGAAGAAGGGGAACAUAUCUUCUGCGAGUGGAACAUUAAAACUGAACCCGGCCUGUACCUCCUGCUGACCUUCCACAACCUGUCUGCGGCCUACUCAGUGGACUGCAAGGGCGCCUACAUAGAGGUGGAGAGAGAGAACAAUGGCUAUGACGCGAGGUGGUGCGGUACCAGAGUCUCCCCCAGACACAACCGGCCACAUGUUAUCUUCGCCAAGUCUGAAGUAAGAGUGACGGUCUUUGAUGAUGGAGACGACACCAAGGAAACUCCCACAGGAUUCACUGCCGACGUGGAAGUGAUUGACCUGUUUAACGAGGAGGAUUACAACGCCUUCAUGAAGUCCAAGAACCACCCACAAAUCCGCCGUCUUCUCCUUGGAUGAUUGAAAAAGUGAAAGAAAAGAAACAGAUGAGGAAUAUUGGAGUUUGCCAUUAAGAGAUACCGUUUUCUCUUAUAUGUAUUCUCACUUUAAUCUUGUUACGUUUUCUUUGAUUUAGUGAGGUGAUUAGUAUGAAGAAAAGAUAAGUUUACCAUUACUAUUAAGAUUAAGUACAGAACGAGUAUAAGUAACACGGACAAGUGAAAGACAAGUAGUGAUAAAGGAUCUAAUUCCUUCCUCUGGUACUUGAUGCAUCGUGUUAUCCGUCAAAGGGCAUUCAAUAUAAGUGUAAGAAGCAGGAGAGAAUCAGAAUCUUAAUCCCAGUGAUUAUUAAAGGGAUCUAAUUCCUUUCCCUCGUCCUUUCCCUGUUUCCAGUUAGAGGGAUUAGACAUAAGUAUAGAAAACAGAAAAAUAACCAAUCCGGUGAUGAUAAAAUGGAUCAAAUUCUGUAUAAUCCGAGUAUAAAUAAUCGAAACGAACCUGGUGACGAAUAAAGGGAUCCAAUUCUUCUCUUUAUACUCAGUCGCUUUAAACUCACGUGUUUUACAUUAUACUAGUAGUUAUUAUUCAUCUAUUCACAUCCUGACAUAUACUGAAGGAAAACACAAAAAGGAGAAAAAACAAGAAGUGAAUGUGUAAGAUCUUGUUUUAUAUUAAUGCAAGAUGAAAUCAAAUAACGUUUAUGAACUUAACUCUCCUUAUGCAGCAUUGUGAAGCGUUAGUCUGCCGCUUCAGUGUGUUCUGAGGCACUGGAAUUCACAUUAGCUGGGCAUUAUGCAGCUGUUGUAGUGUUGUUGUUGAUGUACGAUGAUUACUCUCUGCUACGGUAUGAUGUUUUUGUUUAAGUGGUCUUGUGUGUAUAGAAAUUGUAUUCUCUAAUCAUUCACUAAGGAGAUUAAGUUAUUUUAGUGUAUAGUUUUCAUUUUUAUAUCAAUUUAUAUAUCAAACUAAGUGUAUUUGUUCGCUUCUUGUGUGAUUUAUUUGCUAUUGUAUUGAUGUAUUCUCUGAUCACUUAAUGAAUAGGUUAAGUUAUUUUAGAGGCAAGAUUUUUUUUUUUUUUUUUUUUGUAUAAUUUGAUUUUUUUUUUUUUUUUUUUUUUUAUAUCGCUUCAAACUUAGUGUAUUUGUUGAUGUUUUUUGUAUGAUUUAGUUGUCGUUUCUCGCUUCAAAUCAUAUUCUCUGAUCAUUCACGAAGGAGAUUAAGUUAAGUGGCUUUUUUUUUUUUUUCUUCGUACGUGUGUAGAAUUUAUUUUGUUUUAUAUCGUCUCAAACUUAGUGCAUUUGUUAAUGUUUAUGUUAGUUGUCAUUUUAUCUCUUCAAAGUUACGUAGUUUAUUCAAACACGCAUUAUCUUUUAUCAAUUUGCGUGGUGUUUAACUAGAAGCGCUAAGUUGAAUAGGCUAAGUUAUUGAGUAGCCAAGUUUACGCAUGAUUAAAUUUCUCGAUAAG